UUUCCCAUGUUCUAUUCAAUAAUUUAAUAAAUAAAUAAAAUACAUAAUUCCGAGUGAAAUUAACUUUACUAACUCUGAGGUAUCGUGCGUGUGAUACAACCUGAGUCUCGUAUCAAAUCCGUAAGUGUACUAAUAAGUAAAUAAACUGUAUAUAUAAAAUUCACGUGAAAAGAAGCCGUAACUCAAAUUGUUAGAUUAUGGGAAACCGUAGUAUUUUUACGAAAGUGAAGCCGUAACUCGGAGCAUUUACGCAGCUAUGAAAACGAAUACGUACAUAUAAAUUUUCAAGGAUGUACAUGCAAAUGGAAUUGGGAGCUUAGACGUCCCUUAAGACCAUUUUGGAGCAUACUCCAUAAAUCAACGGGAAGUCUCGGCAGAAAUCAAAGAUGUUAACGAAGCAGGAAGACUAGGAAGGCUGUUAGGAUGAAGUUUUCAGGAUGACCGAGGGCCGGUGCUACGUGGAUUCGCCGGUGCUCGCCGAUCAUCAGCCGUUCAACCGGAAUGGAAAGACCCUCAGGGCCUCCAAGAAAAGCGUGCUCUUCUACACGACGGACUGCGGCGAUGAGAAGGAAGACCUUGGACUCAAACUUCAGCAAAGAUCCAUCUCCUUGACUGCUCUACACUCGGGAGCCGGGGCCCAGCAUCAUCAGCAGCAGCAACAGCAACAGCAACUUUUAGAGCCGAGGAUGGCGCAACUGGAGACGCUGGAGGCUAAGAUGGCCAGCAUCGAGGUAUCGUUAUCGACGACACCGAGGCGGAAAAAAGGUGGAAGCGUCUCGGGGGUGACAUCCCCCGCGGGUCAUCGAGCCCGGGACCACUGCAAAGAGCUAGAUGCACUUCGGGUUGCACUCCGCGACAAGGAGAACAUCAUCCAGACGUUGAAGGGCCAGCUGUGCAAUACUCUGAGCAACCGGUUGGCGCUACGCAACGGAGUGCCUCCUCUAACGGAUGCUGACAGGAAGGCAACCGAGGAACGCCUGCAGAGGCUGCGCCGCGACGCCGACAAUAAAAGGCUGGCCAUUAAGAACCUCAAACUGGCGCUCGAGCGUCUCGACAUUACCGACAAUAUCGACGUCCGAAUUCAGCAGGCAGAAUUGGAGUACAGACUCGGUAGGGAAGAGCUGGAACUUCUGACGCUUCGAGAGGAAAGCCGAGCUCUGCAGGCCGCCUUAGAAUUGGCGGAAACCCACGAGAAACAGAAGAACGAUACAAUAUUCAGUUGCAUCAAUGGCUCGACCCAGGUGACGGUUCACGCCGUGGAAGUGAGCGCUGAUCCGAAGAGUCCCAGGUUCGGAGCUGGUCCCAGAGACGACGCCCCAGGACUCUACGUGGACUGGGCCAUCGAGGAUUCGGGCCUCUGCAAAGGGGACAGGAUCCUAGAAGUCAACGGGAAGAUCGUAGUCGGAGCCGGAAGAAGCGACCUGGCGAGGCUCCUGGCCGUUGCACCGGAUGCUGCGCAGAUCGUAGUUCUCCGAAGGGGUGAAUCCUUGGCUGCCCUGCGCACCCUAAGAUCGGAUAACCUCAGACUCACCCACAGGAUCGGUUAUCUCGAGGAACAGGUUAGAGAUCUCCUGGCACCGGCGAGAUCUCCGAUCCCCACAGAUCCUCCUCCGAGUCGUCAGGAUCACGUUCAGGUAUUCCAAAAAGGACCGCAAGUUACGGCCCUAGUAGCGAAUCUUCCUGGUUUAAACGCGAACAGCCCCACCGAACUUCGUCAAAGUUUGCCCACGGUGAGAAAUCGCCACAGCGAUCAUUCCAGACGCUUCAGUGAAUCGCGAAGCUCGAAAGACAUAGACUUUGCUUCGGAUGGAGUUUCCAAUGGGCACCACAAGUCCAGAAGCAAGCAGAAGCACCAAGGCUUCCAGUUAGCCCGAUCUACGGCCAGCUUGAACAGCAAGCAAUCGCAAUCGCAAUCGCAGACGCAACGAAGAAGGUCGCCCAGAGUGGAGUCCGCCAUGGAGCACCUGCAAAAGAGUCGGAAGAAUCCCCCCACUUUGCAGUCUCUGGAAUUCGAUUCCGAGCCAACUUACUACAGAUUACAAGACUCCCAGUCCCGGGCAUCGGAGCACUCGGAGGCGUCGGUGGCGUAUAAUUCUCAGCAAACGAAGACUCGUCCGGCGCCGCCGAAGAAACCCCUUCGACUUUCUUUGCACCGAGCCGCGAGUCUUCAAUCGGUCGAAAGCGCGCCGCCAGCGCCGCCCCACGACGCUCAGAGGAAACCAACCAAAAGGAACCACCGUGGAGACCCACCGGUAGAGAAGAACUCGCGUACCGACGGUGCCUGCGAAACGCAGGCCAACGAGACGAGUUCCAAUAAUAAUCCGCCGCAGCCUCCGCCGAGGACGCCAUCUAGGGCGGAAUCGUGUCAGAGCGCCCUGAGGUGGCCGUCUCCAAAACCAAGGCCACAACUUGCUUCCGUUCCGAUGGAGAAAUGGUGCUGAUUGCGUAUUAUCAAAACGCGAUACAAAUUUCCGCAUUGUAAAUUACUUCCUUGAUAGACCACUGCUCCACAUUCCUGUUUUUAUACGCAUGAUUAGACCGCAACUCGAUAUAAACUUUCAGCGUGCCAGUUCAAGGACGUUCCAUUUUAGCGUUAUUUGCAGUCACGUGAUUUUUCCUUGCCACUCUCUAGCGUCAGAAAAAGAAAGUUCAAUUUUCCCAACUUCAGGGUCAACGAUACAAAAGCAGCAAUUUGAUGACAUUUUAGGGUCGAUUAAUGAAAUCAUGAGGAAUAUCCGUCUUCAUUGCGUAGAUGAAGUACCCUACAACACUUUUUAUUGUGAUGCCAUUUUUUUACUUUUAUCAAUUCCGGAAAAGUAAAUAGUGCUACCAUUUUUUCUUUCUUCUCUUCAAGUUUAUUUUUACAAAUAAUUGAUCUGCGCUCAUUGAAUCAUUCAUAAUUUGUAUUUACGAGCGAUAUGUGUUGUUUUGAUUUAAGAACAAAAACAUUGGUUCGAGUGAAAUUAUAUAAUUUCUGAUUCAAGUAGGUUUUAACGAUAACGUGUGUUACUGUCACGUGGCCCAAUUAACGCUAAAAUUAUAUAUACACCAAUUAUGUACAGAUAGUUCCCGUCUUUUCGAAUUAAUUGAUUCCUGACGACCGUUCUAAAAUCGAGAGUUAGUACUGUGUAAGUACAUUUGGUAUAUAAAUAAUUCUGUUAACAAAUACUACGUUCAUAAGAAGAAAUGUAUAAAUUAUAGAAAUAAGUGAAUGGAGAAUUCGUUAAGUGUAAACUGCCUGUAUUUCAGAAGUAAGACUGUACAGUAGCAAACAUUAAUGCCUUCUCUUCAUACAUUGACGACACUAUAUCCGUAGAUAAAGCAUUCAUGUUUUUUCCCUGUACAUUGUAAGAUUAACAAAGAAUUCAGAAAUCUCCAUAGAAGCCUAGAAUGCGGACGUU